CAUGCCGAGACUGACUCUGCAAACUUCAAGCACAACAAGGCGCAGUGGCGGGCAGAUGUUCUUCCUUUCAAAUGUGCAGAUCGCACCAGUGCGAUUUCUCAAGUGCGGCAGGCGCUGACAAUCGAAAGUGACAUGAAAGUCGAGCGCAGCCUCAGCGGCAGGAAGGUCAAGAAGCUCACGAAGAAGCGCUACGCGCACUACAUGAACAGGAAGGAGGGCAUGGAGCUCGACGCGGCGGAAGAUAACUUCGAGGACCUCUUCGAGGAGAACCCCCUCUACAAUUCGGACGGCGAGGAGGUGGUGGAGGUCAAGGGGGACAGCUACGACGUCCGUGAGAAGGGCACCGAGAUCAACAAAGGGAGCCUGACGAAAACGGUGCGCUCCUCAAGUGCGGCCCCCAGCGGUCUUCAGAACCUCGGCUCCCAUCAGGUCUUGGCAACGCCGUCAGCUCGGCCCGCUGAGUCCGUCAUCUCUGGAGGAGGUCUUCGCGGCGACGAGAAAGGCCCGACCGUGCGCACAGGUGCUGGCCGCCGAGGCUCGAAGAGGCAGCGACUCGGCGGCGAAGAUAAAGGAGAACACGUGGUGGCCCUCCAGGAGAAGGAGGACAUGAUGAAGCGCCUCAGCGACAUGAUGAAGCCCUUGGCUGGCGCCAAGAGCGCGACCGCAAAGCUGAAGAAGUUGUGGGACAAGCACCGUGCAGAGGUUGACGCCCCGAAGGACUGCGGUGAAAUAAUCGAGAAGCUCGAGGCCGUGAGCAAGGAGAUCAACGACUUGCAUGCGGUUGUCAGCAAGAGUGUCCCUGAGACGGUGAACGAGCACGGCGACAAGCUCAACACGUUGGAGACGAAGCAGGGCGAGUUCUCCAGCCUGGCUGCCACCCGCAUUGCCAGUUUGGAGUACAUCAAUGCCACCGUUGUGGAGGGCAAGCGUAAGGUGUACUUGGCCAUGCGCCACCAGACGAAGAAGGUCGUCGACGCUUUGAAGGGCGGAGGCUUCGACGCCAAUCUGGCGAAGUACGUGGGCGGCAUGACCUUCAGACUCUUCGCCGAGGCUGAGGAGCUGAAGGAGACGGCUGGCCAUGCAGUCGUGGCUUCUGUCGGCGCGGACGUGGUACUGAACCCUGAGAGGGAGAUUGACUUGACCAAGAACGUGGUGGCUUGGACAGUGCCGCCCGAGAACGUCCAGAAGAUGGUCACCACGUUGAGGGAUCAGAUCGCCGAGGCCACAGAGAAGUCCGACGUGGCGAUGGCGAGGAACAUUUCGACAUGGAACGGCUGCCAGACCAAGGUCAACUUUCCAGAGACAGAUUUCGGGUUCGGCGAGAACUUGCAUGCUGGAAGUGGCCCGUUCGUGGCCACCGCAAAGAAGAACGCCGUCCGCAUUGGGCCGUCUGCGUUCCCAUUGGUAGGUUGGCAGGGCUACGUUUAUCCAGUGAAGGGUAAUCUCAUCGUGUUCCUCUUCGAGAUAUCCGAGGUCUUGAGCUCGGGCAUCGCCCUGAAGGACAUGAAGAAGUCCUUGUCGACAGCGACGGCCGAGCAGUUCUUCGAGACGAGUGUGCAGGCAGUGUAUUUACCAGUUGGCACGUGUUUGUCGACGCCGAUUGGCACGUUCGCGGUCCCCCUCUUCUACUCGGACGCCAAGGCGCAGAAAGCAGAUGCGACAGCAGACUGGGCCCAUUUCAUCCACAUGCCAGUCUUCGCGCACCCGCCCAAGCCAGUCCACAAGGGCGUCUUGACGGGGAUGAACGACAUCAUCACAGCUCACAUGGCGCCGCUGACGAACGAGAUGUGGGUCUCCAGGAAGAACUACUGGGCUACGUUCUACAGUGGCCUGAUCAAGGAAACUUCGGAGUCGA